AUGACCUCGGAUGGCUGUGGGGAUCUCGUCCCCAACAGCGACACAACAAAGCUGCUUGCUUGUGCUUUCGUCUUCACCAGCAUGGCGAUUGUUGGUAUCUUCAUCAGCAAAUUGGCGGACUACCUUGUGGAGAAGCAGGAGGUGUUCUUCAAAGCACCGCAAGGUGAAGCCAAAAUGCUCAGUGCUGUCGAUACCAACAAGAUAAAAUACAAGUUCUGCACGGUUGCUCUACUUCUUCUGAUGGAUGUCAUUGCUGGGACUGUGUUCCUGUGGAAUUGA